AGGAGGGAUUUUCAGGUGUUGGAUCAGGAAAUCUGAAUGGUCUCUGGUUUUUCGUGGUGCUGUUACCAGACAGAGGAGAAACUGAAGAGAUGACUGGGAAGAACCAGGGGCAUCAGUGGACCUUGUUCUGACACAGACUGACAUGAACUCUCCAUCUGGCUGUUUAACCUGAAUAACCUCCUGAAGACGUGCUGUUACAGACCUUCCAGGUCUAAUCACCUCUGGGAUGAUAGACAACCAGCACUGAAGUCCUUCAGAAUUCAGAGGGAGUUUUCUCACAUAGUUGGAUAUUCCUGGAGGCGCUAUGGAUAUAUACAAAUGUCUCAGCUUACUUUUAUUUGCUCUGCCUCCUCAAGUUUAUUCCCAAGUUGGACCUCGAGCCCAUGCCGAAGAGAGACUGCUCCAGAAUCUGUUUGCACAUUACAAUAAGCACUCUCGGCCUGUGAAAAACACUUCAGACACAGUGCUAGUCCAUUUUGGACUGUCCAUUGCCCAGCUUAUUGAUGUGGAUGAGAAGAACCAGAUGAUGACCACCAACGUCUGGGUCAAGCAAGAAUGGAACGAUUACAAACUCCGCUGGAACCCAGAGGAAUAUGAAAAUGUCACCUCCAUCCGUAUACCCUCAGAGAUUAUCUGGAGGCCUGACAUUGUCCUUUACAACAAUGCCGAUGGCGACUUUGCAGUAACUCACCUCACGAAGGCACAUCUGUUCUAUGACGGCCAGAUAAAGUGGAUGCCACCGGCCAUUUAUAAGUCUUCAUGCAGCAUAGACGUCACAUUUUUCCCCUUUGACCAGCAAAGCUGCAAGAUGAAGUUCGGUUCUUGGACCUAUGACCGUGCCAAGAUUGAUCUGAUUAACAUGGACAGUGACGUGGACCAGAUGGACUACUGGGAGAGUGGCGAGUGGGUCAUUGUUAAUGCAGUGGGCAAAUACAAUACAAAAAAAUAUGAGUGCUGCACAGAGAUCUAUGCAGACAUCACUUACUACUUCAUCAUUCGUAGGCUUCCCUUAUUCUACACUAUUAACCUCAUCAUUCCCUGUCUGCUUAUCUCCUGCUUGACUGUGCUGGUGUUUUAUUUGCCAUCACAAUGUGGAGAGAAGAUUACCUUGUGUAUUUCAGUGUUACUGUCCUUAACAGUGUUCCUCCUACUGAUCACAGAGAUUAUACCAUCUACAUCACUGGUGAUUCCACUGAUUGGAGAAUACCUGCUGUUCACCAUGGUCUUUGUCACUCUCUCCAUCAUAAUUACUGUAUUUGUGUUAAAUGUCCAUCAUCGAUCACCACAAACUCAUGGCAUGCCUCACUGGGUGCGCAGAGUAUUCUUGGACUUGGUACCCCGAGUGCUCUUCAUGAAGCGUCCACCAGGUACAGCAAAGCAGCACUGCAAGAAACUGAUUGAGAUGAUGCACCAGCCAACAACAACAGUAUCUACAACAGGCAACUCGCAAACCUUUUGGACAGGGUUAGAGACCGGGUUGAGACAGAUGGCCCAGGUAGAGAAUACCCUCUCAAAGACUCAGUCUGACAGUCCAAGCAUACUUGUCUGCUCACCUUCUCCACCCUGUUCCCCUCUUGAGGGCCCCAAUGAAAACGAUCACCCACUUAAGGCUAACAUUUUCUGUCGAUCCACAUCUGGGCUGUAUUCAGUUCUUUCAGAGAAACACUCACUGAGGGGACACAUCUCUGCAGCUUCAUCCUCUUCCCAAUUGUCCUUACCCCCAACUUUUCUACUGGGCCCACUUUGUGGGAGGGAAGAACCCAAUAAACUGGCCCCAAAUGGCCGCUCUCUCAGUGUAGAGCACAUAUGUGACCAACAGAAGCAGCAUCCUCCAGGAGAUGGACAUCGGUGUCGAUCACGCAGCUUCCAGUACUGCUGUCUGCAUGAUGAUGGGAUCGCAGGGAUCACGGGACAGAUACAAAAAAUAUACCCUAAAAAUUACAGAGCAGAAACCAUUACUGCAGAGUCCACUAAAGACGCAAGUACCCAACAGGACAUUGUGAUUCCAACCAUCUCCCCUGCUAUGCAACAAGCCAUAGAGGGAGUUCAGUACAUCGCUGAUCAUCUCAGGGCAGAAGAUGCAGACUUUUCAGUGAAGGAGGACUGGAAGUAUGUGGCCAUGGUCAUUGACAGGAUAUUCCUCUGGAUGUUUGUACUCGUGUGUAUACUGGGGUCGGUGGGACUCUUUCUUCCUCCUUGGCUGGCUGGAAUGAUCUAGAGUCUCAGCAUGGAAGGAAAAGAACACAGACAGGAAGACGUGCUGUGUUAUGUUUUAAAUGUUCAUCAUUUGUCUUUCUAUUUUGUAUUUUUCAAAAGAACCAUAUGCAACAGUCCUUUCUCUUACAUUGGGUUAUCGAGUGGUUAUACACAAAGAAACAGGGUGAACCAUCUAUCAUUGAUUCCGGUGGGCAUAUAAAUUCUUUAUGAGGGCAAAAGGCCAACAGCGAAAACAUCCAUCCAUACCACUCCAUUAUGACUAUGGUAGGUAUAGCUCAGGCCGUCACCUUCCUAAAAAAAAACAACAACAGCAUUUGUGACUGCAGAUAAGAAAUCAGAAAGACUAAGACUCGAGGCACUGUGAGCUAUUUAUAUGACUGUAGCCUGUAUUAACACAGCUGACAGUGUACUGCUCAGGCAUAAUAUACAUACAAAUACACUCAAGUAUGUGUUGGAUUUCUUUGCUUGGACUGAUUUCUCAGCUUAGUGCAAUGGUCAAUGCUUAGGUGACACAUACAGCUUUGUGAGUUUAAAAUAGUCAAUCAAACAUUUAUUAUUCGAAAAAUGGAAAUGGAACAUAUUUUCUUCUUUUGCUUGUUAAAUAUGUAGAAUACAAGCAGACAAGAAUGACAUAAUCAUUAUUUUUAAGCCUCAAUAUUUGAAGGAGAAAUUGACGGUUUUUAUAGGGAUAUCCCAGCAGAUUUGUGAUUCAAAUUGAUUGCGAUUUAAUUGUUUUCAACCAAAGGAAAAAUAUUGUUCAAGCAGAACACAUUAAGAACAGUAUAAACUGAAAUAGGCCACAUCUGGGUCACAGGAAUUUAAGUAAAUAUAGCAAAUAUUUUGAGAAAAUCUCUUGCUCAGUGCCACUAUGUCUCACCACCAUUGUUUGUACUUUGCUGGAAAAACUCAUGUGGAAAAAAAUGCUGCUCUCUCAGUUUGACUGCACCAGUCUUGGUGGUCUUUCUCAGCCUGUCUUUUGGAUCUUAAAGAAUCUCUGUACUUGUGAGGAACAAAAUGUUCAUGAUUAUAAUGCACACACAGGGUCCUUCAAGAAUGGUGGCAAUGAAAACCCAAGUUCAUGGCAGCAGAAUAAUUCAGAUUCCACUGGAUGUAGAACAAAGACACUCCCAGAUGCAGUACCUGCACAACUUUUUGCCAGGGUAAUGCAGCUGCAGCCUCAGUCUGUUUCCACAAAAUUAAAUCAUUUCAAGAAAUAACAUGUAAAAAGAUGCUAUCUUUGCUAAUGAAAUCAAUGAAAUAUAGUUUGCUAUAUGAGUCAUAACUAGAGCACAUGCAUUCCGCACUGACUCCUAGAGGCAGAGAGUAAAGGACUGAGCUGCAAUUGACUGUGGUUCUUUAAAGAGCCAAAGAUGUCUGAGGUUGAGAGACACAGAGGACAUAAAAAAUUAUAACAAAAAAUAAACCCUUAAUUCAGAUAAAUCAUUAUAAGAUUAAAGCAAAAUGUGUUGAUUUUAUUUAUUUAUUUAGUUUUUGCAGAGACAUAAUGUGGAAGGUGUCCUGAGUCGUUAAGUCGAUCUUUUCAACAUCCUCUGCACAUAAGACACAAUUUAACUCAAUAAUUAUUACAUCAUUAAUUGUCAACUACUAAACAAAGUUGAAUAAUGCUGCAAGUUUCUGCAAGUGUUUCUGCAUUGAAAAGUUAUGAGACGUCAGGCAGCAUUUAGUAUGAAAAACUGUCAGUUAACGAAUAUAGGUAAGAAUCUCUUGCAGGGAUUUAGACUUGUUCAGAAAACAGCGUGCUUUAUUUUAUUAUUAGCUAGCUCAACAGAUGCAAUAGAUGGUAGAAUAUUUUUUGUCAAAUUACUAUUGCUGCGAAUUUCUGUACAGGUGUACAUUCAGUCUCAAGACUUGUCAAGCUGGAUGAGCUGAAUUUCAUGUUCCCCUAAAGAUUACUUAUCCACCCACAUUUUAUCGAGCACCACUAUCAGAUCAAAAACUUUUGUUUGCCUUCUACUUUGGUUUAUGACCAAAUACCUCCAACAUCGACACCGACAGUCUCUGCUGUCAGCUAGCAAAGGUUACUUUGAUAUCACACUAAACUAAGAACACAGAUAACAAAAUAAUGGCUAAACAUCACUUUAACUCAGAUUGCAUUGUAAUAGUUAGAUAUUGUAAGAAUUCACAGACUCAUUCUUCAGCAGUCUUUUUUUUUUAUUGCCAGUGACACUUUACUAAACGGUUUUUAGUAUCUCUUUACUAAAGAGGUUGAAAAUGGGAAAAAUAAAUAACAUAAAUAUAUAUAUAAUAUAAACUUGUUUCACUUGUGCCAAACAGUGAAUGUAUGUAUUAUAAGUACAGUUGGUUUAUUUCACUGAUAUUAUUUGAAAUGUAUAUUGAAAUGAUAAUAUAUUAUUGGAAGAGAUUAUUUCUACAGCACCAAACUCAAUGUAUACCCUUUAACAGUAGAAAUAUAUUUGGCAGCACUUAACAAAACAUGCAACAGUUCACAAUGUUGAGCUGUCUGAAUAUUUUCGUAAUAUUAUCAUUUAUUUUAGGAAAUGUUCAAAUCUUUGAUAUGUGCUUAAAUGAUAAAUUCAUCAGUUUUGUGUGUAAUAAAGUAAAGCUAAACUAAAAGAGUUUAGAUGUCAGUUAUUUCAUAAAAUCACACCGAGUACUGACUUUUUCCCUUAUUAAUUUUCCUUUUAAAACUUACACAAAAAAUGUCUCUUUAAACAGUGUGUGCAGUAGCAAUGAUAUUAUUUAAUGUAAUAAAUCAAUGAAAUAUCACGAAAGAAAACUGAUGAAACACGAGCAACAAAGCUAACAUAAAACAUUGCAUAUCAUCCAAAACAAACAAACAAACAAACAAAAAAACA